CCAUUAUUUAUCUGUACUGGAAUAAAUUACGUCUAAUAUGAUAAGAAUGGCUGGCAAGGUUGGAGCUGAGGUUGAGAGCAAUAAUUCUGUGGCCACAUUAUUUAACUCAAUGGAAUAUGGACCUGCCCCCGAGGAUGAAAAAGUUGCACAGGCAUGGCUUGAUGACCAUGAUCGGAAAUUUGGUCACUUCAUAAACAACGUGUGGGUGCAUCCCGGCGAGCGGAAGACUUAUGAAACAAAAGAUCCAUGUCGGGGCACUGUUUUGGCAUCAACCAUUCAGGGUAAUCAAGAUGAUGUCAACCAAGCUGUUGCUGCAGCAAAGGAGGCCCACAAGUCAUGGAGUAAACUGUCAGGUCAUGCAAGAGCUCGCUACUUAUACAGCAUUGCCCGUCAUGUCCAGAAACACUCCCGUCUCAUAGCUGUGGUGGAAUCCCUGGACAAUGGGAAGACUGUUCGAGAAACUCGCGACUGUGAUGUACCUUUGGUUGUCCGACAUCUCUAUUACCAUGCAGGAUGGGCUCAGUUAAUGGACACACAAAUGAAGGGAUGGACCUCUGUUGGUGUCGUAGGUGCAAUUGUCCCUUGGAACUUCCCACUGAUGUUGUUGGCAUGGAAAGUGUGUCCUGCUUUGGCGAUGGGCAACACAGUUGUCUUAAAGCCAGCUACUAACACCCGUUUGUCAGCGCUACUCUUUGCUGAAAUCUGUGCUGAGGCCGGGCUUCCAGCUGGAGUGUUUAAUGUGAUAACAGGCGGAGGAGCAAUGGGUUCACUGCUGGCAACUCAUACAGAUGUUGAUAAGGUUGGGUUCACAGGAUCAACUGAGAUUGGUCAAAUUCUGAGGGAAGCCACUGCUGGGACGGGAAAGAAAAUAUCUCUUGAGCUUGGAGGCAAGAGUCCUGUGAUUGUGUAUGACUCGGCUGACCUGGACUCUGCUGUUGAAGGCGUAGUUGAUGCCAUCUGGUUCAAUCAAGGACAGGUUUGCUGUGCUGGGUCACGUCUCCUCGUCCAAGAGCCGGUGUUUGACAAGUUUAUUGAAAAAGUGAAGCAUCGUAUGAAGACUCUGAGGCUCGGGUCAUCCUUGGAUAAAGCUGUAGAUAUGGGUGCCAUUAUAGAUCCUUGUCAGCUGAAAUACAUCGCUAAUUAUGUUGAUGAAGCUCGUAAGGACGGAGCAGAGGUGUUUCAAGUGGAUGCCCCAGCCGGAUGCUUUUAUCCACCGACCUUAAUCACUGAAGUUGGAACUACAUCUCGCACAGUUGUAGAGGAGAUAUUUGGUCCUGUUCUUGUUGCCAUGCCAUUUAGAACUGCCAAAGAGGCCAUAUCAUUGGCAAACAACACCAUAUAUGGGCUGGGUGCUUCAGUCUUCUCAGAGCAGUUGACUCUUGCCAUUGAAACUGCCAAAAUGAUCAAAGCAGGUGCUGUCUGGAUCAAUUGUCAUAAUAUGUUUGAUGCAGCUGCAGGAUUUGGUGGUUAUAAGCAGAGUGGCUAUGGGAGAGACGGAGGCAAAGAAGGUCUCUUUGAAUAUGUCAAACCGUCAUGGCAAAGUCGUCUGAAUUUUGUGACACCUGAUGUAGAUAUGAGCAAAUUUGGUGCAUCUUACAUGGCUGACCGACCUUCCAUCACUGCAGCCACUCCUCAGGUUCUUAGUGCUGAUGGAACACUGCCUCAGGUGGAUCGAACAUACAAGCUUUAUUAUGGCGGGGCUCAGAAGCGUCCUGACGGCAACUAUUGCCGUGUGAUUAAUAAUGCUGAAGGAAAAGCUUUUGCUCUUGUUGGAGAAAGUAACAGGAAGGAUGUUCGUAAUGCAGUAGAAGCAGCCAGCAAGGCACAGCCGGGUUGGGACAAGCGCAGUGGCUUUAAUCGCUCCCAGAUUCUCUUCUACUGGGCCGAAAAUCUGGAACAGCGACGCGAAGAGUUCGUCAACCACUUAAUAACAUUGACAGGCGAGAGUAAGGAAAAGGCUGGUCAGGAGGUAGAUGCUACUGUAGCGAGACUCUUCCACUGGGCAGCUUUCUCUGACAAGUAUGGCGGAGCGGUUCAAGAAACUCAACUGUACGGCACUGUCUUGAGGAUUCAUGAGCCAAUGGGGCUGAUUGGAGUGGCAUGUCCAGAUAAAGCUCCCCUUCUUGGUUUUGUUUCUUUAGUUGCUGCAGCAGUUGCUCGUGGGAAUGCUGUUGUGGCUGUUCCAAGUGAGAAGUACCCAACUGUUGCCCUCUCUCUCUACCAGGUUUUAGAGACUUCAGACCUCCCAGGAGGAGUCAUCAACAUCCUCACUGGUUCCCGGGACCAUGUUACCAAGUAUUUAACAGAGCAUCAGGAUCUCCAGGCCAUGUGGUACUUUGGUAGCUUGGAAGGGUCAAAGUUUGUGGAGCACACUUCAGCAGUUAAUCUCAAACGAACCUGGGUGAACUAUGGGCUGGAUCGUAAGUGGUUGGAUGCCCAUGAAGGAGAGGGUGAAGAGUUCUUAUACCAAGCUACACAAGUCAAGAACAUCUGGCUGACUAUGGGAGAUAUUUUUGCAAACUAAGAAAUGUAUGUCAGUACUUGAUGUAAGGCACAGGCUUAUGACUCUGACUUCAAAAUCAGUACAGUACCAUAUUCUUAAUACCUGACACAAAAUAACACUGUAAAGUGCCACAGUAAACCAUCUAAUAAA